AUGGCUACUUCUAGCAACUGCUCAAUCCUAUUCUUGAUAAUAGCAUUAUUGUCCUUAUCAAGCAUAUCCACAAGUCAUGCUGCUCGUAGCCUAAUGCAACUUCCCAACUUGCCUACAAUCCCAUCAUUGCCAAAGCCAACAAUGCCACAAUUGCCAAAUAUUCCCAACUUGCCUACAACAAUGCCACCAAUGCCUUCGAUGAAUCCACUUCCCAACAUGCCGUCACUUCCAAACAUUCCCACAAUUCCAAACAUGCCUACACUUUCACCUCCUCCAUCCAACUAA